AUGCAACCUGACGAGUCUUGGAAACGGAAUGUCUCCUACUUUACAUUGCAAGCACUAUUGUACGGUUCUUCAGUUUUUGGGGAAUUCAGAAGAAUUAAAUUUUUAAAAUCAGUAGUUUUUGAAUUAUGGGCAAUACGUACAAGAAAGUUUUAUUGAUAAUUGCAUUUUAAGUACAUCAACCAACCGUCGUGAUGAUUUAAUCGCUGUGUCUAUCUGGACAAUAAUGCUCCUUUAUGCAUUGAUUUCAAAUCUUCUUAUUCUCGCAGGAAUUGCUCGGAGUUCAACUAUGCGGUCAGCUACCAGGUAUGUAAAACUGCUCUUGUACCGAAAGUUUCAGUUUUGUAGUUAUUGGUUCAUAAUAUCAAUAGCAUUAUGCGACAUUCUUAUGACUUUCAUAUCAUUGGGGCACUUGGUACCCGCAACAGCUUUUCAUGAGCAGUAUGUUCAGUUCAAGUCGAUUAGGAAUAUUGUCAUGAUAUUUUUUUAUGACUUGUUUUGGUAUACGGGAGUUGUCCAGCUCGGUUUAAUGGCGGGAAACAGGUUUUUGAACUGCAAGUCUCCGAUCUUCACUAAUCUUGUUUCAGAUUUGUAUCGAUUGUGUACCCUAUGGAGUACAAGCAUAUAUUUUCACGGGCAAGGUCAUUAUAUCUAAUCCUUCUUGGGUAUUUUCUCGGUUUUAUUGUUUCUCUGCCAACUCUUUUUGAUUGCUGUCAUACUUUAUGGGACUCCAAUUACUACAUCACAGUUUACGAAAAACCAGGAACAUUGUGAGUUCCAGUUUCAGCCUUAAUAAGGUUUUUCCUGCCAACUUCAAAUCAUUCAGGUACAAAUAUGUGGACAUGGCCGUCAAUAGCAUUUCUCUAUGCAUGAUGAUCAUUUCAUAUGCGGUUAUCAUUUACAAAGUUAGAGAAAGCGGCCGUGCAAUGGCUAAAUAUCAAUUAACCAUUCGGACCAGGGUAAAUCAAAAAAAUAAUGUGAAUUUCCACAGAAAACAGAAACUAAUUUUAGCAACAAAAUGCGCUUGUUAAUGGGGUUUCAUUAUCUUGUCAAAUAAACGACUGUGGGAGAACAUCAUCGAUGAGACCGCCAAGAAGUCAAGUCAGUAAAAAAGAAAUGCGCUUAUUCAUACAAGUAAAGCUCUAUGAUUUUGAAUUCAAAAGAAUAAUCAGUAUUAAUUUCAGUUUUUUGUGGUUUCUCUUGUUUUUCUGGUGACGUGGACAACGUGGCAGUGGCUUCCUUAUAUGUCCGAGUCGAAAUGGGCAUAUUUUGUGAUGACAUCCCUGUUUUUCAUCAACAACUCAGUCAAUCCCACCGUUUAUCUAAUUUUCAAUACUCAACUCCGCCGGGAACUCCACUACCUUCUUUGUCGACAUCAUGCCAUCAGCACGGCUCAGAAUAAAAGGAAACAUACACUUUUCGGGCGGGGAAUAGCUGCUUCAAAUAAGCUGGAAACGGUUAGACAGUGUUAAACUGGAUUAAUAUCGCGUUUUGCCGGCGUUGAAAGAUAACUUUCAUUUUUAGUUCACAAAAAUCAAAGCGUUUCCACGUCUGCAAAUAAUGUUUUUUAAUCCUGGAGAGAAAGUAAUAAUAAGUUUACUCGCUCAAAUUCUUUCAGGAUUUUCAAAAUAACACACGAGAUGACGCAACGAAAUCUUUAGUGGAUCAAGCAGGAUCCCUUUCCUCUCAAUCGCACGCAACAAUCGACGAACACGUAAGAGCUCAACUUUUGAUUAAGGUUAGCUUUUUACGAGACGGCUUCUCCACAUUCGUUAUUAAAAUUGUAAAUUUUUUCGCAACUUUUUUGUUGUUGUUUCAACUAACAGGGAGAAGUCAGUCUCGAAACUUCUUCCCUAACUUUAUAAAUUCCAGGAAAUUCUUUAUGUUUAGUGAGAAACAAAAGUGAGUACUGUGUUAUCUGUUAAUCUGCCUGAAACAUAAUUUUCGCCAGUAUCAAACUUUGUUAAGCGCCUAAAGUUUGCUUUGUCUGCUCUUUUUUCCAUGUGUCGUUUAAAAAAUUUUGAAAAUGUAUUUGAAUUGCAAGUUAGAAACAAAAACAAAAAGUGGUGUUUUGCAAAGCUUGCGUGAGUCUUAUGAGCUCGUUUGAUCGGUUGCGGUUCAACUUAGAAAUUGACAUCUCAGAUAGACUAAAAUUUGUUUCAGAAUAUGGAUUACGCUGACAAGGAUACAAAAAUCAGUGCAGUUUGA